CAUUUGGGGACGCUAGCCCACUCUACAGAAUUUGACAUCUAGCCUCGUGAGGUCGGGCGCUGAAACCUACUGGACUUCUUAUGAUGCAGAUGUAUUACUAGUGACCAGUGGACUGGCGUGGGUGGCAAUAUACCUGCCUCUGGCAGAUGGAAGCCAGUGUGGCCUCGACCUAAUGAUCAUGCUACCUAUGACAACGCUACCCCUACUGACUAAGCUACGCGAAUGGUGGCAAACACCCGGGGGUACCCCUCCAGCGGCCGCGCGGGGCGUGGCACAGGACUCCAACAGGAUCUUGUAUGCGUUGGUCGGACACAACUCACAGUAUCCUGUGCAAUUUCAUAGUAUCGAUAUGGGCCGUCGUGGACACACCCAACAAUUGUAUAGUUUGGAGACCCGGACGGAUCAUCAUUCUACCAUGCGUAAUGUGGUGUGGCGUUGCAACGUUCGGUGUUUUUUGGAUCUAUAACUAUUCGCAAGCAGGGAGCGAUUUCAGAAGUGUCUUUACCAGUGAGAUUGGUCACUGGGUCACGGCGUUCCUUGUCUUCACACUUACAACUAAUUUGUCAACUACUGGACUGCUGACAUAUCGCAUCUGGAUGAUUGAAUGCAGUGUCUCUGCAUUUCGUUCUACAAAGGGCAGAAUGCCGAUAGUGUGGGUGCUUAUCGAUGCUGCUCUUUUGUGCUCCGCGAUGCUCUGCGCCUUACUGAUAUGUUUCGUCCGCUCGAACAAUGGAGUGUUCGUUAUAGGAGAUAUGCUCGUCGUUAUCAUCUCGAUUGCAUUCUAUAUGGUCUUCAUUCGCUUCGCAACCAGUAAGAGCACCCAGGAUUUUCCCUUGACUUUGCGUGGGGGGUAGAACGAAGAAUGUCCUUGUAAUUUCCUUUGCAGACUGGAUACAAAUAAUAUGUCCUUUUGACAUACAUGUUCAAGUUAUCCAUUCUUACAUAUAAAUCUCUUCUGUAUCGCUAUCCUCACUCUGAAGAAGCAAGAACAUGUCGAUACUAUCUUA